AUCAGUUUGCGGUAGCCUCGUGGCAGCUACUCCAGAUUUUAAGGAAGGGUUACGUGUCAGACUCUAGAGCAUUCUUGAAGUUAAUGCAGACACUCUGGUCUCAAUACCAUCACCCACCAUUGAAAGCGUUUUCAGACAAACAUAAGCAACAGUUUUCACUUUCACUUCCAAAUCUCGUUGUCCAACUUCGAUCUGGGUGUCUCCGUUGUGGCGGCUUGAUUCGAUCGACUGAUUCGCUCUCUCUGUUUCUGAUUUCUUGUGCUGUGCGGUCAGUGGCCUUACAAUUCCAAGCGUGAAUUUUGUGUUAUAGCUGAAUAUAUUAAGGUCGGCAGUUGGUGUAUUUAGCUUGGGAUUGUCGGUGCCUCAAUAGUUGGUUUUAAGGUUUCAGGACAGCUGGGAGGAGUGGCACGGCACCAACACUUAAUUCUGUUUAGAUUAGGUUACGCUCCACAAACUUUCUUCCAAUGAGUUUCCUUUUUCGAGGGACUAGAGGAGAUAUUGAGAGCGGGUUUUCUGGAUUUAUUUCUGAGCGACCAAUGGUGCGCAUUCAUGCACCUCGGCCAGUUAAUACCAACUCACUGGCAUUUUUUCUCACUGUUCUUCUGCUGUUCAUGAUUUUGAGCUCUCAUCAGAUGUCACCAAACUUUCUGCUUUGGUUAGUUUUUGGUGUGUUUUUGAUGGCAACCAGCUUGAGGAUGUAUGCAACUUGCCAACGUCUUCAGGCUCCAGCUCAAGCUCAUGGAGUAGCAACGAGUGGCUUAUUCGGUCGUCAUACAGAAUUGCGCUUGCACAUGCCACCUUCAAUAGCUUUAGCAACAAGGGGAAGGUUACAAGGACUAAGGCUUCAACUUGCCCUUCUUGACCGUGAAUUUGAUGACCUAGAUUAUGAUGCCCUAAGAGCACUUGACUCCGAUAAUCCCUCCACAGCUACUUCAAUGAGUGAGGAAGAGAUAAAUGCCUUACCUGUUCACAAGUACAAGGUUGCUGCCACAGAGAGUUCUGCCUCAUCACUGCUGCAUGCAUCAUCUUCUUUAGCACCAGCUGAGGCAAAGAAAGAUUCUCCAAUGUCAGAAGGUAGCAUGAAAAGUUUAGAAAAUGAAUUGACAUGCACUAUCUGCCUCGAGCAAGUUAAUCAGGGCGAGCUUGUUUGUAGCUUGCCGUGUUUACAUCAGUUUCAUACCAACUGCAUCUAUCCAUGGCUGCGGCAACAAGGCACAUGCCCUGUGUGUAAAUUUCAGAUGGGGUCUGGAUGGGAGGAAAGUAGAGAGAGUGAAUCAGAUGGAUCGGACGUGGUCUAGUGACUUCCUAGUGUGUGUAAGAAUUACGGUAUAGAUUAUCAUAUAGAUUAUCAUAUCGACAUUUGAAUUGAAAUGUUACAUUUACUUUAAUUUCAUCUGUAAAAAUUAAAAACUUCUGGAAUUGGUGUUCAUUCGAACGCAAAAUCAAUGAGAGAAAAGUUUUCAGUCUCACUUGACAUUUUAA